AUGCCGCAACAAACUGUUCUUGAAUCCUUCUGGGAACCUCUUCCAAGUCUUUCUAUUUCACCUCUCCCAAACAAUGCCACUUACCGCACGAUCCAGGCGUCUGCUCAAUCAACAGUUGGCAUGGAUGCUCCCAAAGCUUUCAUGCUAGAGAACGCAAGCAUCCUUCUUCAGGUUGCGGGAAAUCGGCUUCCCGCCAAUGUAUCUUCUCUUCAGGAGCGAAUGCCUCGGGUGGAAAAGAGCCAUUUACUUCAUACAGAGUCAGAUGUCAUUCGUGCUUCUAUCCAGUACCUCCUCCAGAAAGCGGCGAUGUUGCGCUAA